AUGUCUGGAGACCAACCAAAUCGCCCGCCACUACCUUGGCUUCAUUUUAGAAAACGUUUGGAUCGCCUAAAAAGACAACUACCACCUGUAGAAGAGUGUGAGAAAGUUUUAGAGCAGCCGGAAAUCGUGAUUAUUGAUGAUGAUGACGAUGAUCCUGUGAUAAUUUACGAGUCUAUCGCGCCAAAAAUUCAAGUCAUCAAGGCAAGCGAAAAGGAAGUCAAAAAAUUCAUCAACUCGUAUGAAGAAUCAAUAAGGGGCAUUGAUAAGCAGACGAUGAUCAUGCAAAAAUACAAUGACGAUUUUGACUUCUGUAUGCGCCACACAACACAAGAAAAUAUGAAGCAAUUGAAGGGCAAAAGAGGAGCGUUUAUUACAAUGGUGGACCAAAUUGCGGAGGCUCAAACGUCGCUCCUAGAAGAUAGCAGUUCUAUCAUUGAGGACUCCAGAAAAAUAACAGACACAUUAAGAGAAAAAAUAGUGCGGGAACAAGAAUUCUAUAAAAGGAUAAGUGUAUGUGUUCCUAAUAAUAUUCACAAUGUCACCAAGUCUUCGAAACCUGAAAUUCCAGAAAAUUUCCAACUAAUUUUUCAAAGAUACAAGGGAAUGGAAGAGAAGCGUAGCUUAUUCAUUACAACCAAGGAAGCCAGGAAGCCUCCUUCGCUUGAUGAUUUUAGAAAAUUAUUGACAAAGCCAGAGCUGGUUGAGGUGAAAUUUGAGAAAUGGACACCGGAACUUGAAGAAGGUAUUGCGCAAUCGGAUCUUAAAACUCGAUUCACACAUCUAAAUUAUGAGGAAACCUUUCGACAUAACAAGUGGACGUCAAUAUCUGCUGAGCACGCUUUGAAAUCUCCAGAAGAACUAAGACGUCGUCUAGAUGAUCAAGAAAGCGUUUUGGAGGAAGAAGAACGUGAGGAGAAGAAAUUAGAGGAUUCUAUAACAGCGAUUAUGGACCAAUUUCAAAAAGUCCAACUUCAAUAUGUAGUUGUCAAACAGCAACUUGAAGAACAACUAAAAGUUCAGAGCGAAUUGGAUGAGAUUGAAAAAGCAGUGAAAAGUGUUCAAGAUCUUAUUCGAGAACAGUUCAAUACAGUUCAAAAAGAGUGUCCAGUUUGUUAUUUGGAAUUCACGAAUGCGGUAAAUAGUGAGAGAUGUCCACUCGUUUGGCAAUGCGGUCACACAUCCUGCAACACUUGUUCUCGAACCCUAGUGAACAUCGCAAAGCCUAAUAAACCACUGUGCCCGGUUUGUCGCAAAAAACAUAUGCUAAGCAACUUCAUCCCGAAUUUCGGAUUGAUGCCAAAGCCAACGUAG